CUCGCUUUUGCCUCCGCCCACUUGGCUGCCCUCGAGCCCACAUUGACCCUGGAUUCCCAGGCCGCAUUGCAUAUUCCCAGCCAGAAGUUCGCCCGUUUUGCUUCAUAUGUAUGUGCAGCUGAAGCGCAGUUCCACGCCCGAACUCGUCUCAGAUUCCUUUGCGUUUGUGCUCUCAUCCUCUCCCAGCUCUUCCACAGCGUUGGCGGCUGACACGCAUGGCCUACAGUGUCGUGGUUUCCUCCAAGACAUCAAAGAGACCGAGUCCACUGCAGCCCCCUCGCCAAAGCUAUCCCUUGAGAUUGAAGUCUGCUCCAAAUCCUCCGAUCGCUGCAAGCUCGCCGAAGAACAAGUCGCUCGCUGAAUCCGGCGUUAUGGAUGCCGGAUACUAUCGUCCAGGCUCGCCGCGUUACCGCAUAGCAACACCCGCUAGAGCCUCUACCGGAACAUUUGGAGAUCCAUACCACGAGCCUACAUACUAUGAGCGUACAUCGCCCAGGACUAGUGCUGAGCGUCUGACAGUGCCUGUUCACCAUGGACAUCAUCACGGUUAUGCGCCGAGCAGCACCUCUUCCAGCUCACGGUCCGGUAGCCACAAAUAUGAUUCCUAUUCUGGUCGGCCUCGGAGGAACACUCUGACUGAAGCUGAUGAACGCCCGCAUCGGCCGCUUGUGAAGGAGCUGGCCCCCAAGACCCUACCCAUUCACGUGCCAGGAGGACAUCGUCACCACCAUUCUCUCCAGGAGCCGCCAUCGGGCUACAUGUCACGAUCAUUCGAUGGUAGACCGGAUCCAAUCAUUACGCAUGGACCACCGAGACAUCAUAGCAGAAUUUACAGCAUAGAUGACAACAGUCGGAAGGCCGAGCUGAUUGCAGACCGGGAGUUUAUCGAGCCUCGCCGCCGUGACGACGACCCUCGUGGCUACAGCAUUACAAGCGGUGGGAAGCCUUACUACUACGAUAAAUCAUUCGGCCGACCAAAAGACCUCGACGAAGAUGGCUACUCUUACACGGACCCCGCAAGCAUGUACCGUGACACCGAGCCUGUCUGGAGGCGUACUCGUGCUGCAAGCACCGAACGGUCCCGUCCAAUCAGUAUGACCUUGGAUAGAGGCCCGCGUAUAUCGAGUCGCGAGCCGGGCCCGCCUCCGUCUACUCGCGGCUUUGACAAAAUCAAUGCCAGCUCACACCGCCAUCACCAUUACAGGUCUCCUUCCAUCGAAAGAUCACGGGAUGUGCCCAAGUACGAUCCCUAUCCUGAGGGAGGGCUGGGGAGAUCUUCUUCAACCCGGCACAAAGCUCCAGCAGUGCAUCAGGAGCCCAGGGAGCAUCGCCGAGAUACUUACGACGACGAGUACGGCCGCCGUCACAGGGAUGUGGGUAGUACCAAAGUAUCGAGUGAGCGGUUCGAGGAUCGAGAUGUUGCUUCUCGCGGUUUCGGAAUCGCCCCGGGACACCCCAGUCUCGCUCAAGAUGAUGAUGCCUUGGAUCGCCAGCCUGUCUGGAGUGCAGCUCAAGAGGUGGACCCUCCGAGACGACUCCCGUCAGAUGAUCGUAGUGGCCACUAUCAUUCAGUGGAUAGGGCUGACGCUCGCAUGCCGGAGCCCCAUAUCCCUCGGGAUCGUGACGUUCCUUCGGCUUAUGAUGAGCGGCCCCGCGAGCGUGAGCGUGACCGUGACCGUGACCGAGACCGGGAACGAAGAGAAAAAGAGCCUGGGGACCGUAGUCAUAUUCCUUCCAGUGCUCUUGCCACCGCUGCUGGCGCCGCAGCUGCUACGUACGGGACAGCGGCGGCUUUAACAUCUCGUGAGCGUGACCGAGAGGUCGAAAGGGAUCGUGAGAGGCGGGAAGAGUGGGAUGAGCGGGACCGCCGUGAUAGGCCUGACGAGCGACGCGAUAUCAGAGAGCCCGACAGAAGGCACGAACCGGAAGAAGAGGGACGUCUCCAUCUGGCUGCGGCUGCCUAUGCUUCCACUCAGGAAUCUGAGCAGCGCACCAGAGGACGCCGAUCCGACGAAGGAGAGGGUGCAUACAGGACACGUGAACGACGUUCCGAUGAUGACGAGAGGGACCGGAGAGCUCGCGGAUCCCCUUCUUCUGACGCGAGCGGCGAAGCUCGCACGCGUUACUAUGUCGAGAGGGAAGCCGCACGGGAGAGUGAGCGACGCAGGGAGUCCAAAGAAGCCACUCGUGACCCUGACGAAGAGUACCGCCGCCGCAUCCAACUGGAGGCCGAACGGAGCGGCCGAGGCAAUCGUGAAUUGGAAUCCGACAGGGACGUAGAUAGGCGGAGGCACCGAGGGGAAAGAGAAGUUUCCCGUGAUCCCAACGCGGAUUCGCGCAGCUCUCCGUCGCAAGAACUUACACGUUCUCGUCACGAUGAACGGCCUGGUAGUGUGUUGGACAGGGACUUAGUGCAGGAACCCGAACCGCUCAACGCUAGGGAUGCGGAUCACGCCCAGCCGAGUAAAACCGUCCAGAUCGUUGCGCCUCCUAAGGAUCCUCAGCCUCAGCCAAAAAGUAUCCUUCGCAAGCCUACUGAAAAGUUCCCGGAGGAUCCCGAUCCGAUACGUGAAGGGGUUGCUCCUCAUAAGAGCGCACUCAAGGGCAAGGAUAUCCCGCCUGGUGCUCGAUGGACGAAGAUUGACCGCCGGCUCGUCAACCCGGAAGCCUUGGAGGAGGCCAAGGAGAGGUUCGAGGAGCGCAUGGAUUGUGUCAUUGUGCUUCGAGUUUUGACGAAGCAGGAGAUUCAAAAGCUGGCGGAUCGGACGAGGGAGAUCCGUGAAGCAAGAGGUGGGUACUGGGCUUCUCGUGCAGAGGACAACUAUACUGACCAUGAUGUAGAAGAGGAGUUCGACCGCUAUGACCGUCGAAACCGCGAAAGCCGCCGCCAUCGCAGCCACCGUGAUGAUGAGCAUAGGGACCGCCGAGGUGACUACGAUGAUAGUGAUGAUGAUGAUGAUGUUGGGCGUCGUGGGCGGGAUAGGGCCAGGGACAGGCCAAGGAUGAUUGAGGGGUGA